AUGUCGCAAGCUGGAUACCACAAAGCGCAGCUGACGAAGGCAGUGAACGAGUUACGCAAGAAGAUCGCGGAUACGGAUAUGAGCAUCACGGACCAGUUAGAUCCAGGUACGGAUGUUCGGGCGAUUGCCGAGCGUAAACAACGCCUACUGAUUGUGUCGAUGUCGAUUGAUCGUUCUGUUUCUUUAUUGAAGAAUCGUUGGGUUUUGGCACAGGAGUUUGCGAAGGAGCAUCCUGACGAGCAGGGAGAACUACCGCUCCUCGAGUCCUUCCAGUCUCACUGGGAAACCAAUGAGAUGGAUCAGGCAAUAGAGGAAGCGAGCGCUCUUCAUGAUCGUUUGGAAGUCGCUCUCAAGCUUCUACCGCCAUCUGAAGUUAUUUCGCGUUUUACUCCUUGUGUUUAUGAUGCUUUUUCCGUUGUUGGUUCCUCUUCUCAUCCUUCUUUAGUACAACAGUUAGUUUCCUCACAACAAUAUUCUAAUUCACCCCAUCGUUCGAUAGUAGACGCUCCGGUGAGUGGACACACUCACUCGGAAGGUAUUGAGGAUAGUCCACCAGGUCCCAAUACACCUACUUCGCUCGAUCCCCCAACCUCUGCAAGUACUGCUGGAGUUCCGCAGCAACUGCAGCCUGGGAACAAUACCCCUUCAACCAAUCCCCACGCUCUUAGUAUCCUUCCUUUAGCUCAAUCUCAACAACAAUCGGCCCCGGGAAACAACCUUUUAACUGGGAAUCCAAAUCAAUAUACCCUAUCCAACACCGGACAACAUCUGAAGCUUCCGGCAUUCGAACUUCCGGACUUUAGCGGUGAGCUUGACGCAUUUCCUGCAUUUUGGGAACUCUUUUCGGUUACGGUUCACAACAACACCAGUGUUCCGCCAGCCGUUAAGUUUUUAUAUCUAAAAACACAUUUGAAAGGCAAUGCAGCCAAUCUCAUCGCUAGCUUCAAACCCACCGCGGAAAAUUACGAAGACGCAGUUCGCAUCAUCCUGAACACCUACAAUCGACCAGAAAUCCUACGAAGCAGACUCUGGGACAGUUUAGUCGAGAUGAGUAGUUCUUCAGAUUCAGUAAUCGCCCAAAGAUCAAAGCUGUGUUCCAUCAAAGCUACUUGGUUGCAGAUGAAGAAUCUGAAUGAAGACUCAGGAUCGACGGGAACUACUAAAAUCAUCCUCUCUAAGUUCCCUAAGCGCACACGGGAGAAAGUUGGUGAACUGAAGAAAAAGGGAGAUCCUAUUUGGACAGUGGAAGAAUUGUUGGAGGCCCUCGACACAGUCGUGCAACAGCUCGAAAUGAUAGAAGAUACUGAUCCAAUAAAAGAUCCUCCUUGUUCCAUCGCUUCUUCGAACCAUCCAAGUUCACAUUCUCCAAUCAGACGCUCAGGUAGACCAAGAUCUCCAUCUCGCUACACGGAUUAUCAGCCAUCGUAUAGAACACCAUCUGGCAGAAGCCGUGUUAGCCCUUGUUCUUCACCUGAGCAGCGAAGUCCGCGCUCAUUAAGUCCCAGCUUUACCCGAUCCUCACGUCCAUCUGUGAGGCAACGUUAUCAGUCUCCUGUAGAGCCUCUUUGUCCCUUUUGUCGUAGACGGGGGCACGCACCUGAAUACUGUACAGAGGUACAAACUCCGCAGGAACGCCGAGAUGUCGUCAGAGGUUUACGACUUUGUUGGAAAUGUUUGCGACCGGGUCAUUGGAGCGCAGAGUGUUCGGCUCCUCGAUGUCCUAGUUGCUCGCAAGAACAUCAUCCUUCUCUUUGCGUGCAAGGAAGGAUUUCGUUACGUCGUCGUAGUUCGCGUAGACAUUUCUACCAUAGUCGCAGUCCUCGUAGGAACGAGUAUUCGCCAAGACGUACUUAUGAAUAUCCAUCUCGAGAGUCGUCACGAGAAUCUCGUCCUUCAUACCGGUCAGACAGAAAUCGGAGUGAAUCGCCAGCGUCACCAUAUAGGCGAAGGAAAGGAUCACCAUAUCCGAGACGCGUGGAAUUCGCAGAACAUCAUCGGAAUUCCUCUCCUACCACUCAGAAUUCUGUCCUUUCGUUUAAACAUCAUGAGACUACCGCAUCAGGCAGGAAUAUUGCUCGAUGCAGAGAUGAGCCUCGUUAUUCCACCUCAAGUUCGGUAAAGGGCCCAUUGCCGUCAUACUCAUCAAUGCAUCAACAAUCACCACCUCAACAUAUUCCUCGUUUGAUGGUAAUCUCUAUCCCUACUGUGAGCCGUAUGACUGGUACUGAACAAUUCCUUACAGUCCUUUUGGAUAGCGGUUCUCAGUCCAGUUUCAUACGUGAAACCUUGGCUUUGGAAUUGGGUUUACCCUUUCGCUGCUGUAAGAACGUCACCACGAUCACUUUCGGAGGACAUCGGUCUUUAGAAGAUGCUGUACAAGUUGACCUUAUACUUAAGGAUCAGUACGACGAAUCAGUCCUAAUUCAACCUUGGACUAUCGAUAACAUCACUACUGUUCCGUUCGAAGGAGACUUCAGUUAUGAAUACGCUCCUGGAAAAGGUCACGUGCAGAUUGAUGUUCUAAUCGGAAUUGAUUACUAUUGGCAGGUUAUCGAUCCUCAAAAAAGUUACCGCCUUCGUUCGGGUCUUAUACUAUCUAAUACGAGAUUCGGUCCUAUUAUGUCAGGAUCUCGUGACCGCACGAAGGAACUAUUAACAUCUGCAGUUGAGCCCACUCGGGACGUCAGUGUGGGCAGACAACGCAACGGUACAGAAAGAUCUGUUCGAGACUUGUCAGGUUACGAUACAGCGGUAUGGGAUAAUCCCAUUAUAGUAGGCGCCGACACCAUCAGGCGAAAAGACGAAAAAGUUAGGGUCAUGAGCGAUUCCACCUACGCUCAAUUUCCUCAGAAGUCCUAUCAUCCUCAGUUACGCGCUAGUAGGGUUUCGGCAGAUCGUCACUUAGAAGAUCAGCGUGACAGAUACCGUGCAGCGUCAUCAGCACGGAGAGAUUAUUGCCAGACCUACGAACAGCAGUCAACAUCUAAUAUAAUUGAGGACGUUACGGAUAUUUCAAAGGAUUGGCCCUAUCUUUUAAUACAAGCCAUGAAAGACGGAAUAUCCGGAUCAGAGCAAGCAGGAACAUCUGAAGUAGUAGUAGUAUAUGGCUCAAUUGAAUAUCCUAACCCUUUGGGGGUCACGAUAGAGGAUGUCAAUUCGAUCAAUUACACCAUACAGUCAUUGACACCUAAUUUCGUUCAGCCGUCAAAGGUAGUUAAAAGGUCAUCGUCACCCUAG